AUGUUUCAAUUUCUUCUUCUCCUCGUUCUUUCAAUCUCAACCAUUUCUUCUUCUUAUGCAUUUUCUUCAUCAAAAAAUGCAACUUCCAUUUACGAGGUUCUCCACAACCACGGUCUUCCCAUGGGUAUUUUCCCCAAGGGUGUUACCCAAUUCAACGUUGGUGAAGACGGUAAAUUCUGGGUACAUUUAGAUCAAGCUUGUAACGCCAAAUUCGAGAACGAGUUGCAUUAUGAUCGAAACGUUUCUGGGUCAUUGAGUUAUGGGAAGAUUGAUGGGUUGACAGGGUUAGAGGCGCAAGAUCUUUUUCUUUGGUUGCCUGUUAAAAGUAUUCGUGUUGAUGUUCCUAGCUCUGGUUUGAUUUACUUUGAUGUUGGUGCUGCUCAUAAACAAUUCUCUUUGUCUUUGUUUGAAACUCCACCGGAAUGUGUCGCUGUUCGUGAUGAUUCUGAGGGUCGUCGAUUAGGAAGGCUCCGCUAUAAACUUGAUCAAGUAACUUCGGGAAAAGAUGUUCUAUAG